GAUUAUUAAAAUGGAAAAUUAUAGCCAAAAUGAACGAAACAGGAAGGUCCAGUGCCUGAUCGAUGAGAUAAUUACACUUGCUGAUGAAGUCCAUGCUGGAUAUGAAGAGCAAAUUGGGGUAACCCAAGCUUUUAAUUCUAAGCAGGAUAUUAUCCUUGCAGGACUAAGGUCAUUGAAUAAGUAUCACAUGUCUAAAGAAGACAAGUUGGAAUACAUUGAUAACUACUCGAGCUUUCGUGAGAGUUGUGAUGAGUCCAUUAGUUCUAUCAAUAUCUAUGACCUCUCAGAUCUUGAGACUGGACAAUUUACAUUAUGCAGUGGAGACAGUCAUAUCAUGAUAAACCAGUAUGAAGACAUUCAGGCCAUCGGAGAAGAAGAUGACUCAAAGUUACAAUGGAGAAGGACAAGAAUUGUAUACCAAGAGAAUAAAUAAAGAUCCGGUCGGAAUGGAAGUCUAUUUCCUGAGAUGCCUUCCAAAGGAGAACUUGAUCCUCAGGAUUCAUGAAUGCUCGAAGAAGUCUGUCCCUAUUGAUCAGCUUGAAAUAGCUAUGACAAAGUCCACUCUUGGAGAGAUUAUUGAUUUUAUGAACAAGAAAUCUAUCGGAUAUUGCAUGUGGAAAUGCAAGGACCAGAGAGCAAAGAACGGCAAGAGUAUUAUGGAAGAACUCAGAAUUUGCUACUCAGAUCAAUUAAAGGAUCCAUCAAGCUCCCUUUUCAGUUCAAAAUUUAGUAGCGAAGGAUCUUCGUUCUUAGCAUCACAGGAGCGCUCCCAAGUAUUUCAGGAGCUGUCUGUUGAGGAAGAGUCUAAUCCUGAGAGCUCGCCUGUUCCUCUUGAGUAUGAGUUUUGUAGGUACAGAUUCAUCAACCAGCAUUGUACAUACAGAUGUAUCGACAACAAAAACUUUGCCCAGAGAGUGAAAGAUGCUGUAAUUGGAAUCAUAGUUCCAGAAAACCAUCAAUCCGAUCAAACUAGUCAUGUAUACAUUCGUUUCCAAGUUCCAGACCUUCAAGAAGUAGAGAUGAUGAUCAUUCAAAAUAAUGGUGCCACUGAAGAAGCUCUUGAUGUAAUGAAGCAAUUUUAUCUUGAGCAAUGCUACUCUUGUGCUGAUCUUGAGAUGUACCUUGACUCUGAUAGUAUCUUCUUUGCCUUACUUGAGAAAGCCAAAAUUGGAGAUCAGGAGCAAGUGAUCCACCUCUUUUCAAUUGCAGAUUAGUCGAAC